AGAAUUGUUGAAGGAAUUGAAUGUCUUGGCCUAAAGAAAAUUUAGGUAUGGAAACUGCCUUAAACUGUAUUAAUGGUUGUCAUAUGAACAGAGAUUAGAUAUCAGGUAUAUUCAAUAAAAUUAAAAUACUUUGUCUUAUGAAUAAGGGAGAAAAUAUCUACUUAAUAAAAGGAUGUUGAUUUUCAGUCAGAAUUUCCAAAAAUUAAAUAAUGUGUCUUACGUGUUUGAAUAAAUGAUGAACAGCUUAUAUGGCUAGGUAGAUGCUACUCAAAUAUUGGAUGGGUUGUUAGACUUGAUGGCUUGUAUGUUCCUUGAAAAUCCUGAUAUUCAAUGGUUUUUCAGAAACUAUAGAUUAAAUAUUCUUUAUUUCAUUCUUACCAGCUAUACAGAUGAUGUGAAAGGAAGGCAAUGGAAAGAUCCAAUGACAGCUUUGAGUAUGAUUUUAUCUUAGUGGGCUUCUCUGAUCGUCCCAAGUUGGAGAUGGUGCUCUUCACAGUAAAUUUGAUUCUGUAUUCAGUGGCUGUGCUGGGAAAUUCAACCAUAAUCCUCCUAUGUAUAUUAGACUCUCGACUUCACACUCCAAUGUACUUCUUUCUGGCAAAUCUUUCCUUUCUAGAUCUCUGCUUCAGUACCAGCUGUAUCCCACAGAUGCUGGUUAACCUCUGGGGCCCUGAGAAGACUAUCAGCUAUGCCGGCUGUGUUGUCCAACUUUUCUCUUUUCUUUCCAUUGGAGGAAUCGAGUGCAUCCUUCUGGCUGUCAUGGCGUAUGACCGCUAUGCAGCAGUCUGCAAGCCCCUGCAUUACAUGGUUAUUAUGCAUCCCCAGCUGUGUUUGCAACUGGUGGCUGUGGCCUGGGGGAGUGGACUGGUCAAUGCCAUUGUUAUGUCCCCACUAACAAUGACCCUCUCCAGAUGUGGUCGGCGACGAGUUAACCAUUUCCUCUGUGAAAUGCCAGCACUCAUCAAAAUGGCUUGUGUGGAUGCUCGUGCAGUGGAAAUGCUGGCUUUCACCUUUGCCAUUCUCAUUGUCCUGCUGCCCCUCACCCUUAUUCUUAUCUCCUAUGGCUAUAUUGCAGCAGCAGUGCUAAGAAUCAAAUCAGCUGCUGGGCGUCAGAAAGCCUUCAAUACCUGUAGCUCCCACCUCACUGUGGUCUUCUUGUUCUAUGGGAGCAUCAUCUAUAUGUAUAUGCAGCCAGGAAACAGCUCUUCUCAAGACCAAGGCAAGUUUCUCACCCUCUUCUACAACCUGGUAACUCCCAUGUUGAAUCCACUCAUCUAUACCUUAAGGAAUAAGGAGGUGAAAGGGGCACUGAAAAAGGUUUUGGGGAAGCAACAAUGAACA